CAGGGGCGGGGCCAGGAUGCAUCGCUGACAGCUUUGGAGCAGGCAAUGAGGAAGAGUCGCAGCGUUGAGCUGUGUAUAGAGAUAGAUAUAGAGAUCGCUCCGUGCUUCCUGUCUGCUGAUUGGUGAUCAUGGUGUAUACAAUGUAACAGUGAGGGACUCUCCAUAGACACGGAUGGACUCGCACAUGGAUAGAUGUCAGUGGAGAUCUUCUGCACACAACAGGCUCUCCGCUCAGCCAACAGACCAGGAACCGGUCCGCAUGGAUCCGACUUCUUCCGAGCCAAACAACGUGCCACCUGCCGUGGUACGAUGAGCGGGAAGGACAGGGCUGUGUGGUCGGUGAGAGAUAACGCAGAGCCGGUGGUCACCUUACAUUCAGGUCUAUACAACGGACGAUUAUUGACUGCUCUGCCUUGUACGCCGGGAGCUGAACACACGGAGCAAUGCUUCCAACGCCUACAGGACUGCGGUAUACAGCUCCCUGUGGAACAAUGCAGACGCUCCUUACAGAUCCCUGCAAUUAUUCCAGAGGUCCACAGAUACAUUUUCUUCAGCUCUCGAGGUUUUGGGAUGAUUCUGGCCCUGAUCCUGUAUAUCUCCAUUUGGGUCAAUCUCUACUCCACCGUUCAGAUGUUUACUAGUGGCCAAAGCUGGGUCACCAGUAUCCCUGUGACUCUAACCGCGGUCCUUGUCACAGCCGCGGUCAUCCUAAUCCUCAAUCAGCAACAAAAAAAGAUAAAUACCAACACUGACAUCAUGCUGGCAGCAGCCAAUGAGUCCUUCAUGAAGUACAACGUCCUACUGGGCAUAAGUGACCGGUCUCAGAGCUGUCGAAAUGCCCCAUCUCUAUGCUUCAUCUACUUCCAUCUGUGGGGCUGUCAGCAGAGACUUUCCCAGCACUUAGCCAGCAUGCAUCAGGAUGAUGUCAGACAUUGCUUGGACCAACUAUUUAUUGUAAUAGAAAUUCCUGCUGACCCAAUGUUUGCACAGAGCAGCACAGAAGACCCCAUGACGGAGGAGAGCCCCCUGCUGGCCAGUGAAUCCAGACACAAGCCUGUGCUGUUCAGCCAGAAGACUCCUCUCAUCCUCUGGGAUGAACCAGAAGUAAUGGCUCGGCAGCUCUUGGUUAUAGCAAGUGCCUGUUACGUUCGUCUCCUCAUCGCAGGGCAGCUACCGAAAUCCUAUGGUGCCCGCCAUACCGGUAUCCUGGAUGUGCCUUGCUUGUGCCAGUUUAUUGAGAACAGUAUACUGACGUCUGGCCGCUGCAUCACAUGCAUAUAGAAAGCAGAACCCAAAAGUACCGGAACCAAAAACAGAGUAUUAGACCCAAUACAUCAGUCUGACAUACAGCGGUGGGAUCCCUCCCUCCCUGGGACGACGACAAUAAAAUCCGAUGCAGCAGAAGCCUCCGGAAUAUGGAUGACCUAGAACUGCUGAACGGUCUCGGCACGCAGAUUGCGUUUUCUACAGAACUUACUCCGUCUCCCGCUGUGAUUAAUUUGGUCCCUGCUGCAACAAAACUCUGUAGGCCUGAGAAGAUGACAGCCUGCCGAGAACAAUCGGGUUUACAUGACUGACUCAGAUGUCAAAGACGUUUUUAAAUGGAAUUUAUUUUUAACAUUUAUCCAUACGCAUCUAUUUUUUUUUCUGGUAGGAAAUCCGCUGCUCGUGCUGAAUCGCAUUUCUCAAUCAGGACUGAUGGACUUUAUUACGCUGCAGGAAAUGAUUAAUUUUCAUGAAAAGUGGGGUAGGAUUUCCAGGGGCUUACUGAAAGGGGGGACGGCGAUUUGUAAAGGGCAGUAACUGAAAGCGCAAGGCUAUGUUCGCACUACGCGGCCCUUCAGCAUUGUUAAUGGCGCCUCCACGUACCUACUAACAGGCCGGUUCAAUGCAGAGACUUUUUGGGAAAGGGUCAGGCCAUGUUCACUCCUACAGGUGUGAGCGCACUCAUGUUUUCAGCGUGUUCCUACACAUUCAUUACAAUAGGCCGCCCUAUGCACAAGAAAUGAGAAAAAUUAGAACAUCUGAAAAUAUGAAUACGAAAAUCUGAAAAUAAUAAAGGGCCAGAUUCACGUA